GCAGGUUCCUGGCCUCGUGGGGAGAGAUGAUGGCCAUCAAGUGUCCACGCUGCACUUGGAGCUUACUGUCGUGCCCAUCAUUGAAGCCCACAGCGACGCCGCUCACCUGCUAAGGGAAGGCGACUUCCUCGUGGGUUGCGGAGAAGAGGAGGGCUUGCGAGAGGUGUACCGCAUCGAGAGCACCUCUUGUGAAGCGAGCUACAUCCGCACAGAGGCGAGAUGCCUCAAGCUCUGCAAGUUGAGCCUGCGGCCAUCGGACCUGCACCACGAG